AUGUCCACAUACCAGAGAAACCGGGAUACUUUCGAAAGCAACGUCUAUACCACCGAGCAAAAACUGAGCAUCGAGCAGUGGCUUGAAGAUACUACGAAAAGGAUUGACGGCCCCACGAUUGCACUAGGGUUGAAUAUGCCCGAGGAACGCCAAGGCAGCUUGGAACGGCGGUCUCUCAUAGACGAGGGACUACCAGAGAGAGUGGAGAAAGCUGCGAAAAGAAUGAGAGAUUUGAGAGAGACAGUCUGCAGACAUGAGGAAAGACUCAAGAUAUCUGAGCUACAGGAGAAAAUACUUGAAGAAAAGAUUACUGGCUUGCAAGAGCAGCUCAGCAUGCGGGACUCCUGUCAACACAGCGGUCUAAAAGACAGGCUCGCCAUGCAUGAAAGACUACUCGAGGUCGCCGACCAACAAAUAAACACACAGCAAGAGCUUAUAAAACACUUGCUCGAAGUACAAGCCUCAACUUCAGGACAACUCGCCCUUGUUACACAAAAGCUCUCGCAACAACCCGAACGAUGUGGGCGACAGCCACAAGUGGAAGAGCCCGAGGGACAGCACUCUAAUCCGGGCGAAGUCAACAAAGGUACAGAUGCUUCUGAUUAUGUCCUUGUCUCAGAAGAUGAAGCAACUAGCUGA